UGAAGCCAUGGCGUCCAAUGCCAACUCUACCGCUUUCUCGCCGCCCAUCAGCACUUCGGCCAAGGUCGGCAUUGCCAUCUUAACCGUGGCGUUCGGGCUGGGCUUCCCCGGGAACCUCUUCGUGGUGUGGUCCGUGAUUUGCCGCGUCCGGAAGCGCUCGGUAACGUGCUUGCUGGUGCUCAACCUGGCGCUGGCCGAUGCCUCCGUGCUGCUCACCGCCCCGGUCUUCCUGCGCUUCUUGGCCGGUGGACAAGGGUGGGAGUUUGGCUCGGCGGCGUGCAAGCUGGUGCACUACCUCUCCAGCGUCAACAUGUACGUGUCCAUCUACCUUAUCUGCCUGAUGAGCAUGGACCGCUGGUUGGCCGUCACCAGGCCUUUCCUGUCACAGAGGAUGCGGACUAAGCGCUCUUUGCUGGUUCUCUUGCUGGGGGUCUGGGUCAUGGCCUUCUUGCUGUCCCUCCCCAUGCCCUUCUAUCGCAGCAAUCUGAGGAAAGUGUUCCCAAACAACGCCACGCUGAGAUAUUGCGUGCCGUACCACUGGGGCAGUGUGGGUCACCGGGUCUUCCAGUACACCUUUGAGACCGUCAUGGGCUGCCUGGUGCCUUUCUCUCUCAUCAACACCUGCUACUCUUCAGUCAUCUGCCGCCUGCAGAGCGCCAUGUUCCAGCGUCGAGCCCAAGGCAGCCGCCUGAUCCUGAUGAUCAUCUGUGCCUUUACCAUCUUCUGGGUGCCGUAUCACAUCAUCAACAUCAUCGAGGUGAUUGGGCUGUUGCAGGGAAGCAAGUCAACGGUGGCUGCUGCUCUCAUGGCCCGCCCCAACGUGACCGCCUUCGCUUACUUCAGCAGUGCCGUCAAUCCCAUCCUGUACGUGUUCGCCGGCAGCUCUCACAUCCGCCAGGCCGGUCUCAGCUUCAUGGGCAAGCUCUUCGAGGCCACCAACUCGGAAAGCAGGAGCACGUCCACCUUCGGGCGCAGCGGACGCACCAGCUCGUCGCGGGACGACGCCUCAGUGCUGCAGACGCUGUCGGUCAAACUGGGGAAUCCGUUUAAAAGCAGGCAAGGGGACGACGCCAACAUGGCGGCAAGAGAGCUGGACCAGCCGGAGUUGAAAACUCUUGCAAGUGUUGAGCCGUUAGACUAGCACAGCUGGUGCUAACAGGUGAUGUAAUUAAACUAGUGUCAAGUGAUUCAGUUUAUAAUCGGAAUAAUCAAACUUUUGAAUUUGGAUUCAUCGUGAUUAAGAACAGUUUACAUAACUUAAAUUAACUUAAAAAAAUAUUUGGACACAAAUGUUUUCUGCAUGUACAUUUAUAUAUAUAUAUACAUAUUUACAUAUUAUUAAAUUAUUAUUA